CUCUCUCUCUCUCUCUCUCUCUCUCAACCCUUUGGCUUUCUCAGCUCCCAUUACCAGCUAUAUAUACAUAGAUCUCCUGCACUCUUUCCCUCUCCCUUCCGUUCCUUAAUUUGACGAGUAGCUGCUAGUUUCACCCCACCUCUGUCCUCUCUAUUCUACAUAGCUACCAGAUUAUGUGCUAGUCAGACAUGGCGGAGCGCAAGGGCAGGGACCGGUCCCCUUCGUCGUCCAUGGACAGCAGCACCCACCCGGUGCUUUCCUCAACGUCGUCGGGCUGCCGGCCGGCGAGGCGGGACCUCAGAACCGAUCUCCAGCUAGGGCUCAGCCUGGUGACGUCGUCCUCCCUCCUGGCCGCGGAGAGCAAGAGCAUCCCUUCCACGCCAAGGAACCAAGUACUCUCUGAUUGGCCCCCCGUCAAGCCGUUCCUUAGGAGCGCCCUGACAGCAUCCGCAUGCCGGCGGCGGACAUUGUUCGUGAAGGUGUAUAUGGAAGGCGUUCCAAUCGGCCGGAAACUUGACUUGCUUUUGCUGGAUGGGUACGACAGCCUCCUCGCUAAACUCUGCCAGAUGUUUAAGACCCUCAUCAAAUAUGCUGAUGUUAUGGAGUACCAUCAACGAAUUACUCGCAAGAAGGCUGCUCAUGUUCUCACCUAUGAAGACCAGGACGGAGACUGGAUGAUGGUUGGGGACGUGCCGUGGGAGCUUUUCCUUACAACUGUAAAGAAACUGAGGAUUGCUAGAACAGAUAAAUGUUAAUUAGCAAGCUUAUUCAUGCGGUGGACUUUAUUUUCUUUCUUAUUUCUUAUAUAGGAUAGUUGAGAAAGAUUUUGCUGAAUAGAGUGGACAUGUGGGCAUGUGGCUAUACUAACUUUGUACAGUAUAUACUGAAGAAAAUGUAACCUUGCCACCUCCCAAGCAUUAAAAAGCCUGUAUUUGAUUUUUUUCUGUUUCUUUCACUCGCUUGUAAAUACCAUAUUUAUUUGUUAAAGAGUAGAUAAUUUGUAAGGAAAAAAUCAUCGAUAUUAGAAA